AUCUGGUGAUUAAGUUAAUGAAGUUUCAUUGAUAGCAAUAUUGCCAUUACUUUCGAACACGGCAAAGGAAGAGGAUGGUUUAGGAUGAGAAAUGAUUGAAGUUGUACAAGACAUUAGGGAAUAGGAGAAUCAAUUCCUUUAUAUGAACAAACAAGGCUUUGCCUCAAAAAUAGCCAACAUGUUCAAUAUGCAUGGCCCUACUGGUGAAGAAAGCUGAAAACUUUUCUUGUGUAAAUGGUUUAGAAAAAAGCCAUUCUCUGCCUUUUUUAGACGAAGCAUUCCUGUCGAACUGGAUAUGCUUUCCAUAGGACAUUCCCCAAGGAAAAAUCCAAACUCACGCCUCUAUGAAACAGCCUAAUUAAGCUUUUGACUUGAACCACAAGAAAAUCAAACUCAUAUGGAAGAAUCUUCUCCUUCUUGCCUUCUCCCUCACCAUUUUAUAACAUAUAUAGCAAAAUGUCCAGAAUUGGAAACAAAAUACCUAGAACCCCAAAUUGAACAGGAACCAGAGUAAUGGAUACCUUUGGGCCAUGCCAGGAAGGAGUUUCGGAGAUCGUAUUCUUCGACCUGGAAACAACAGUGCCAAAUAAAGCUGGACAACGGUUCUGGGUAUUGGAGUUUGGAGCAAUCGUAGUUUGUCCAAGAAAACUUGUUGAGCUAGAGAGCUUUAGUACCCUCAUAAGACCCAAGGACUUGUCUGCUGUUGCAUUGAAGUCAGGUCGAAGUGACGGGAUAACUCGAGAAACUGUUGCAAAUGCACCUGCAUUCGAAGAGGUAGCUGAGAAAAUUUUUGGCAUUUUGAAUGGAAGAAUAUGGGCUGGACAUAAUAUCCAAAGAUUUGAUUGUGUCCGCAUUAAGGAAGCAUUUGCAGAUAUUGGUAAGCCUGCACCAGUUCCUGUUGGAAUGAUUGAUUCUUUAGGGGUCUUGAACGAGAAGUUUGGUAGAAGAGCUGGUAAUCUAAAGAUGGCAACUUUGGCUGCAUACUUUGGCCUUGGGCAGCAAAAGCACAGGAGUCUCGAUGAUGUUCGCAUGAAUUUGGAGGUCCUGAAGCACUGUGCCACUGUUUUAUUUUUGGAAUCAACCCUUCCAACUCUAUUGAAUGGAAAAUGGAAUAAUCCUCCCAUUACCACGCGUAGUAGAUGCAAUGGAAGACUGCUAUGCAGGGAAGAAACCAGCCGGAAAUCUCCUCCGACCACUAUCGGUUACCAAAGAACAAUUCCUUAUGCAAAAGGAAGUCUAGGAAAGGUGGGUGAGGGAGUGAAAAAUUUGUUGUGCAAAGCCCAAGAGACAAAAUCCCUUAACAAGUUACUCAAGCACUCUCAUUCCUUGCUCAGAUGAUCGAGCAAUUAAGAACAAGGAGUUCUGCAACUUAUUUAUUCUGCAUUCAAGAGAAAAAAAAAUGUGGGUUGCCCUUCAUGAAUGUAAAUUGGAAAGCUAACGCUGGAGUGGGUUUUGCGAUUCACUGUUUUGCUUGGAAAUCAAGGGUCCUCGUGGGGACGCCAAUCUCAGAAAAUUCUUAUCCAUAUUCGAUUCGCCGUGUAUUAAAAACAAUUGAAACACAAUUUAAUUUCUUAAUUUAUUCUUUAUUUGAUGGAUUAUUUUUUUUAAUUUAUUUUUUCCUUUUUUUAAAGCAAUGUGCACAUUGAACAAUUAUUUAA